AUGAGAAAUAUAGGAAUAAUUUGUUUGGUAAAAGAAGGUAAAGACGUUUUCUUAAAGAUGGAUGUAGACAUUUGCAUUGAAAAAUUAUAUAAAAAACAGCUUCUUAGUGAGCCAAUUAUCGAAACCAUCUGUGAUCAUGCAAAAAGACUUCUUAUGGAGGAAAGUAAUGUUCUUCAUAUAUGUUCUCCAGUUACUGUUGUUGGUGAUAUCCAUGGGCAAUUUUAUGACUUGGUUGAAAUUUUUAGGAUUGGUGGAUUUUGUCCGGAUACUAAUUACCUUUUUUUAGGAGAUUAUGUUGAUAGAGGGCUUUUUAGUGUAGAGACUAUUUCUUUGCUUGUAUGUUUAAAACUAAGAUAUCCAAAUCGUGUUCAUCUUAUCCGUGGAAACCACGAAUCACGAAGUGUAACUCAAACAUAUGGUUUUUAUACAGAAUGCAUUCGUAAAUAUGGAAGUGCUAAUGUAUGGCAUCAUUUUACUAAUAUGUUUGAUUUUUUGACAUUAUCUGUUAUUAUCGAUAAUAAAAUAUUUUGUGUUCACGGAGGUUUGUCUCCGUCUAUCCAUUCUAUUGAUCAAAUAAAAAUUAUCAAUCGUUUCCGAGAAAUACCGCAUGAGGGUCCUAUGGCAGACCUAGUAUGGUCAGAUCCAGAUCAAGAUAAACGUGAUUUUUCUAUUUCACCAAGAGGAGCAGGUUAUACAUUUGGCAUCGAUAUUGUACAAAAAUUUCUUGAAAUUAAUAAUAUGGAACAUAUUUUACGUGCACAUCAACUAUGUCAUGAAGGAUAUCAAGUCUUGUAUGAUGGAAAACUGUCUACUGUAUGGUCAGCACCAAACUAUUGUUAUCGUUGUGCAAAUCUAGCAUCUAUAUUAGAAAUAUAUGACAAUGGGGAAAGAAAAUUCAAUGUCUUUGAUGCUGCACCAGAAAACGAACAUGAUAAUCCAUCUACAAAUAACAACCAAAUCAAGUCACCUGUUGAAUAUUUCUUAUAA